AUGGCUGUCAUGGGUUCUAAGGUAGCUGCUCUUCUCCUCCUCAACCUGGUUUUCUUCACUUGUGUGUCCUCUGAUGAUAAGGUGUUAUGCCCUCCUAACAACACCCCAAACAGUCCCCCCUCGAGUCCAUCCAUCCCUAAGAAGCCAUCCAAGUGCCCUAAAGAUAUGCUUAAGUUGGGUGUAUGUGCCAACUUGUUAGGGUUGGCUAACGUACUUGUGGGAACCCCACCCCAUGAGUCAUGUUGUGCCUUGUUGACCGAUCUCACUGAUCUUGAAGCUGCGUUGUGCCUCUGUACUGCUAUCAAAGCCAAUGUGUUGGGUGUAGUCAAGCUCGAAAUACCUGUUGCUCUAAGCCUCGUAAUAAAUGCGUGUGGGAAGAAGGCACCUGAGGGCUUUCAGUGUGCCUAA